AUGGCAUACGAGUAUCAGACCUUGCCUUUCGGGCUGUCACUAGCCCCGAGAGUUUUCAGCAAAUGUGUGGAAGCAGCCCUGAACCCGAUGCGAGCAUCGGGCCUCAGAGUGUUCGCGUAUCUGGACGAUUUUCUCCUUUGUGCUCCCAACAAGGAGAACGUGGAGAAGGAUACGCGGGGACUGAUAGACAGGCUGAGCAGCUUGGGCUUCAGUAUAAACCCCUUAAAGAGCUGUUUGUCUCCUACUCAGAAGAUCGAGUAUUUGGGCCUCGAAAUAGACUCUGUUUCAUUUCGGAGUUUUCUGUCCCAUGCUCGGGUGGAGAAAUUUCGCCAACACCUGGCUUUAUUUCGAAGGGGAAGUUCAGUGUCAUUACGGGACUGUCUCCGGCUCUCAGGGCUGAUGGCGUCAUCAAUAUCUGUCAUUCCACACGGGCUGCUGAAAAUGAGGGAUUUCCUGGAUAUCCUCUCUGCGUCUGGACGCACGACGUCACCUCAGGCGUAUGGUGAGGAUUUCCCCGGAGUGCCUCCUGGCUCUCCGUCACUGGAGAGACCCGGGGAUAUUCACUACCGGCGUCCCAUUGGGAGCGGUUGUGAUGAGGAAGACAGUUACAACCGAUGCCUCGUUAACGGGGUGGGGAGCGGUUUUCGAGGGGAGGUCAGUGAACGGGACCUGGCCCCCGACGCUUCACCGGGACGCGCCUCUGGGAGCGGAUGCGUUGGCGCACCCGUGGCCAAACGCGCUGCUGUAUGCUUUCCCCCCUCUCUACCUCAUCACUCCAACUCUGAUCAGAGUAAGGGAGCAGCAGCUUUCAUUAAUCCUGAUAGCUCCUUACUGGCCCAGCAGACCGUGGAUGGCGGAGCUGAUACAGCUCAUACACGGCCAGCCAUGGCCGUUACCGUUACGCGCGGACCUGGUGUCACAGGCGCGCGGGCAGAAUUUUCAUCCGAACCCCGAACGUCUAGCUCUCUGGGCCUGGUACGUGAGAGGGUGAAUUUACACGAGUCUGGUCUCCCGACGAGGGUGAUUGAGACUAUUCAGUGCGCAAGAGCACCUUCCACGCGAUCAUUAUAUGACAAUAAAUGGCGCGUGUUUGAAAAAUGGUGUGAGACGAAAGUUAUCAUUCCGUUUCAGUGUUCUGUCCCAGAUGUGUUGUGCUUCUUGCAGGACUUAUUGGAUGGUAAUAAAGCUUUUUCCACCAUUAAGGUCUAUUUGGCCGCUAUUUCAGCUUGUCACGUGGGCUUUGGAGGUGCGCCUAUCGGGCAGCAUCCUCUCAUAAAGAGGUUUAUGAAGGGUGUGCGUCGGCUGCGUCCCGUGCGUAAACACCCGGUUCCGUCAUGGGAUUUACCCUUGGUUCUGGAGGCGCUCACAAGGUUGCCCUUUGAGCCGUUAGAAUGUGCAGAUUUACGAGUGCUCUCUCUUAAGACUGUCCUGCUGCUGUCUUUAACGUCAGCUAGACGGAUAGGCGAGUUACAGGCUUUGUCUGUGCACGCCUCAUGCCUUCAGUUCUCCUCAGAUUUUGGGAAGGUAACGUUGCGUCCUAACCCAGCGUUUGUACCUAAGGUUAGUGAUUCUGCCUACAGCUGUUCCACGCUUGAGCUGCUCGCUUUUCACCCACCACCGUUUGCAGGGGAGGAUGAGAGACGGCUCAAUUUGCUUUGUCCUGUGAGGGCGUUAUGCAUCUACAUGGACAGGACUAAGGGAUUUAGGAAGAGCAACCAGCUCUUCAUAUCGUGGGCUCCCUCUCACAAGGGGAGGGCCCUGACGCGCCAGUGCCUGUCACACUGGGUGGUGGAGGCUAUAAUCUUGGCGUACGAAAGUCGUGGGUUGCAGCCCCCGGAGAGGCUUCGGGCCCACUCCACCAGGGGUAUGGCCACCUCAUGGGCCCUGUUCAAAGGCACAUCUGUGAGGGAUAUUUGUGCCGCUGCCAGCUGGGCAUCCCCACACACAUUCAUCCGAUAUUACAGGCUGGACGUGACCGAGACGUCUCUGGCUCAUUCAGUCCUGAGUGUGGGUACAUCUUAAUUGCGUGCUAGCCCUUGGGGAGGGUUUAGGGUGUCGACUCAUCGCGGGUCGCGGCUUUGUGGGCUUCGGAGCAUGCAAAUCCGGGAGUGGGCUAUAUCUCCCAUAGUGAGAUACCGAGGGAGGUUUGAAAGAGAACGUUAGGUUACUCAUGUAACCCCGGUUCUCUGAUAACCGAGUGAGGUAUCUCACAACACUGCCCUACUUG